AUGGUGCAGCUCGGGGGCGGCGGCCGCGUCCCUCCGGCCCCGGCAGCGCCGCCGGCCUUCAGCAUCGACAGCAUCCUGCAGCCCGGGCCCCGCCGCCCGGCCAGGGAGCAGGGCAGAGCCUGCUGCGCGCUGCCGGAGGAGGAGGAGGAGGAGGAAGAGGAGGGAGAGGGGCCUGAGGAGCAAGACCCCAGUAAAGGCUCCAGCGACUCGGGCAGCGAGCCCCGCCGGCUUGGGGCAGAAGGGACGAGCCGCGGCCUCCGCCCCGAGGGCGGCGAUGCGGGGUCCCCGCUCCCCGCGGAGGGGCCACGCGGUCCCCGGCAGCCGCCGCCGCGAGAGGCCGGGGGCUCUGGAGAGAACGGCAGAUCAUCGGCGGCGGGCGGCAGGAAGAAGACACGGACCAUCUUCUCCAAGAGCCAGGUGUUCCAGCUGGAGUCCACCUUCGACGUGAAGCGCUACCUGAGCAGCUCCGAGCGGGCCGGGCUGGCCGCCGCGCUGCACCUCACCGAGACCCAGGUGAAGAUCUGGUUCCAGAACCGCCGCAACAAGCUCAAGAGACAAAUGUCAUCCGAGCCCGAGGGCCAGGGGCCGGGGCCGGCAGAGCCCCCCGGGGAGCCGCAGCCCCCCACUGCCGCCUCGGCUCUCUCCUUCCCGUCCCUCUACAAGGACAGCCCCCUGCUCAGCCGCUGCUUGCUGCCGCUGCCUUUCCCCCUGCUCUGCCCGGGCAGCGCCAUCCCCUACCUCUGCCUCCCCGGGCCGGGUAAACACUUCAGCCUGCUGGACGGGGACGUAUAG